UUAAACACCGCAUCUUCACCAGCACGUGUUGGUAACGCCAGUCGCCACGAGGACGCGUUGAUGGCCUUGGACAAGGCCCUCGAGAAAUGGGAGAUCACAAACAAGUCGUCGCUCUUCGGCAAUUGGAUGUACAUUGCCGCGGCCGUAAGCAAAGUCGACGCAUCCUUCGGAUAUCUCAUUCGCACAGCCCACGUGAGAAACCUCCUGCAGAACCAGUGGUAUGACUUGUUGGACGAUUGGAGCGGAACACUCUCACUGCAACCGCUUCUCGCGACGCUACCGGUGUACAGGAGCCAGCUGAACGACGCGGCCAAAUACGGCACUCUGGGAACGCUCGUCGCCACGGCCUCACUUCGUGGGCUUCUCGCCAAGAUCGCUGGCGAUUUGCCGGUGAAUGAAGAAGCCGCGCGCAAGCUUCACUGCUUCGCCCAGUCGGCCCAGUUCCAAAGCAACGAGCUGGAGCUCUUCCAUACCGCCGUCUCUGUGGACAUUGCCAUCGACGCGUUUCGCAGUAUGCGCAGCACCGACCGACUGCGCCUGCACAUGUUCGAUGAGCUGCAGACGUUCUUCGUUCUCGUCUGUUACCUCCUCUGCACACCGUACGCAUCAACGAACGUCGAGGCUGCGGAAGCCAGUUGCAACGAAGCAGUGAAGAAUAGCGCCAAUUUUCCGGCUGCCUUCAACUGCGCUCCCGGUUCGCCCAUGAACCCUGAAAGGAAAUGCAGUUUCUUCUAGAAUCCAUGUUGCGUAGAUGAAA